AUGAACUGCGCUGUCAUAUCGGCCGAAGCUCAAAGUGCAUCGUUCAACUUCAGCGCCUCCGUGCUCGAACUAGGCAUCUCAGAAGAGGUGGAAUGGCCUCAUGUCGCCCAGCUGCUCCUCUAUGUCACGGUGAUGGUUCUUUCGUUACUCGGCAAUCUCUCGGUAGUGAUUGCUGUCCUCACCCAACGGUCGAUGAGAACGACGGUCAACUACUACCUGCUGAACAUGGCGGUGGCGGAUGUGCUGAUUGUUAUAUUCUGUAUGUGGGUCCACAUCAUGAAAGUUUACAUAUUCCGUGAGAAUAUUCUCAACGCCUACAAGCUUGGACCUUUCGUUUGUCGGAUCGAAUCUUUCGCGAAAAUGACAUGUCUGACGGCGUGCGUGUUGACGUUGACGGCUAUAUCGUGCGACCGUUUCAUCGCGAUACUGUUCCCACUACACGCGGCCGCACGUAUCACCAAACGGAGAACAUCAUGUAUUAUCCUCUUCAUUUGGAUAGUGUCUGCCGUUGUAGCCUUACCGUUAAUCGUCUACACGAAGCUUUACACUGUUCAGUUUGCCGACGAAGAAGAGAUUUCGUAUUGUGGGUCAUCCUGGCCAAGCGAAGCAUUGUGGUCCCCCGAGAAAUCCGAGUGUGUUCUCGUCUACACCAUGCGGAAAUUGUACUACGUCAUCGCUACUGUGACACUAUUUUUCCUCCCGAUAGGCGUAAUGCUCACCGCCUACUCGUUCAUUAUUUGGAAAUUGUGGAUCAAUCGAGUACCUGAAGAGCUUAGCAACACCAAUAAUAAUUCCUUGCAUAAUCGUUCGAAGAAAAAGGUUGUUCAAAUGGUUUGCUACGUACUUCUCGCAUUCAUCGUGUGCUGGAUGCCAAUCCAAGUUACAGUUCUGUAUUCUCAGUUCAGGGAUGAUUCGAACACACAGAUGCCGGAAUGGUUCACCACAUUCUCGUCGUUUGCGACAUUCUUAGCGUUCGCAAACUCGCUAGUCAAUCCGGUCAUUUACGGCGGCUUCAACCGACAGUUUCGACAAGCAAUCCUCCAAUUACUCAAGUGCAAGCCCACGAGAGUCCAAGAAGCGAGGAUGCGUUGGUCGACUCGCGACGGAACCAUGGCUGUUCGGAGAACGGUCACCCGGACUCGAGAUCCCUCGAAUGCUAUCGAUACCUGCCAGGAUACUGUGAUGACGAUAUCAAAUUUGGUCGCUUGA